ACUAUGUGUGUAUAGGCAGCUGUGAGGAAAUAGGCUCAUCAUACACACACGCAACAUGGCGUUCCAGGACCACCACCACCACCACCACCUCUCCCAAGAAAUGCCCCUCCAUCUCCCCCGUUACUCCGACCACCACAACCCUCCUUCCGCCGCCGCCGUCUUCAGCUCCAUCCUCCCCGAUCACCACCAAUCACCAGAUGAGAAACCACCGCCCACCACAACGGCGUGGCUCAACAGCUCCACUUUCCACCACCAGUGGCUUUCCACCCCAAGUCCACCCCGCCCACCGGACAACAGCGAUCAUCCCCAGGACAGCGGAGGCGGUGGAGGCGGGGAUAAUAGUAAUAAUAGCAACGGGAACAACACUAACUGGGAGAAGGAGAAGUGCAAGGCGGAUAUUCUGAGCCACCCUCUUUACGAACAGCUUCUGUCGGCGCACGUUGCGUGCCUGCGUAUAGCUACGCCGGUGGACCAGCUGCCCAGGAUUGACGCCCAGCUGGAUCAGUCCCAUCAGGUGGUGGCUAAGUACUCUGUUCUUGGACAUGGCCAGCCGCCCCUUGAUGAUAAAGACCUCGACCACUUCAUGACGCAUUAUGUUCUAUUGCUGUCCUCUUUUAAAGAACAAUUGCAACAACAUGUUCGAGUCCAUGCAAUGGAAGCAGUCAUGGCUUGUUGGGAGCUUGAGCAAUCGCUGCAAAGCUUGACAGGUGUAGCACCAGGUGAAGGUACAGGUGCAACCAUGUCUGAUGAUGAUGAGGACCAAGCAGACAGUGAAAUGAACUUGUUUGAUGAAAGUCUGGAUGGGCCGGACAGCAUGGGAUUUGGCCCUCUUGUGCCCACUGAAAGUGAGAGGUCUUUGAUGGAACGUGUCAGACAAGAACUGAAACAUGAGCUUAAACAGGGCUACAAGGAGAAGAUUGUCGACAUCAGAGAAGAAAUAUUACGAAAAAGAAGGGCGGGUAAACUGCCUGGCGACACUACGUCCGUCUUAAAAGCUUGGUGGCAGUCACAUUCCAAGUGGCCUUAUCCAACAGAGGAAGAUAAGGCAAGACUGGUGCAGGAAACAGGUUUGCAACUCAAACAGAUCAAUAAUUGGUUCAUUAACCAACGGAAAAGGAAUUGGCACAGCAAUCCUUCAUCUUCAACCUCCCAAAAGACCAAGCGCAAGAAUGGUGCAGGUGAUAAAACAGCCAACGACCGUUUCACGUGAAGGACACCUUCAGAUUAAAGUAACACACACUUAUGUAUUUGUUCAUAUUCCGUUAGAGUACAAAUGGAAGAAUAUUUGCACUAGUUGUUGUGAGGUACUUUGACUUUGGCUAGACUUAGAGGUUAUUGACAAGAACAUCCAAUUUGAUGCCCAACGCAAUGGCUGAUGCUUUGGACUCUUAAUGAGAACACAUGGAAAGCUACUGCAAUGUAUCAUGUUGUCAUGUUCUGGUAUCUAUAUGGCAGUCAAAGAUUCCCUGUAUGAAAAGUUUUGUUUGUGAUCUUUGCAUGCUUGCCAUCGUUAUGCAUAUAUGACACAGUUAUUGAUUGUCC